UCUACCCCGAUGAGAAAGAUGGUCCUCUCCCGUCUCUCCUGUUUCUCUGCGAACCCUACUCGCAACGAUGGAGUGGAUCCUCCCGUGGAUCGCCCUUGUGCUUGUUCUCUUCCCCACCGGAGGGCAUGGUUUCUACCUUCCCGGAGUCGCCCCGGCCGACUUCCACCAGAAAGAUCCACUUGCAGUGAAAGUGAACAAGCUGACUUCAAUAAAAACACAACUUCCAUAUUCAUAUUAUUCUCUACCAUACUGUCGUCCAAUCAACAUUGUGGAUAGUGCAGAAAAUCUUGGGGAAGUUCUUCGUGGUGAUCGUAUUGAGAACUCAGUCUAUGUGUUUGAAAUGAGAGAACCCAAGAUGUGUAAGAUUGCUUGCAAAUUUACACCUACUGACAAGGAUGCAAAGGAAUUCAAGGAAAAAAUAGAGGAUGAGUAUCGUGUUAACAUGAUUUUGGACAAUCUUCCACUUGUUGUACCUAUGAAAAGGCUGGACCAGAAUAGUGGUACUGUGUAUCAGCUGGGCUAUCAUGUUGGAGUCAAAGAUCAUCUAUCUGGAGGGAAGAAUGGGACAUAUUAUAUCUACAACCAUUUAUCAUUUAUCGUGAAAUAUCACAAGGAUGUAGAACUUGACGUUUUCAGGAUUGUGGGAUUUGAGGUCAAACCAUUCAGUGUUAAUCAUGCAUAUGAAGGUCAGUGGAAUGAUGUGAAGACCCGCUUGAGUACUUGUGACCCUCAUGCUAAACGCUCAGUUGUGAACUCUGAUAGCCCACAGGUGGUGGCAGUGAACGAGGAUAUCAUAUUCACCUAUGAUGUUGAGUUUCAGGAGAGUGAUGUGAAGUGGGCCUCUCGAUGGGACACAUAUCUUCUGAUGAAUGACGACCAAAUCCACUGGUUUUCUAUUAUCAAUUCUCUCCUGAUUGUAUUAUUCCUGUCUGUGAUGGUGGCUAUGAUUAUGCUGCGGACACUAUACAGGGAUAUCUCCAAGUACAACCAGUUUGAGACUCAAGAAGAAGCUCAAGAAGAGACAGGAUGGAAGCUAGUCCAUGGGGAUGUAUUUAGGCCUCCAAACAAUUCAGACUUGUUGUGUGUAUAUGUUGGAACUGGUGUUCAGUUCUUUGGUAUGCUACUCGUGACCAUGAUUUUUGCUGUUCUUGGAUUUCUCUCUCCAUCAAAUAGAGGUGGACUCAUGACAGCAAUGCUGCUACUGUGGGUCUUCAUGGGCUUGUUCGCGGGGUAUUCAUCUGCCCGCCUUUACAAGAUGUUCAAAGGGACAGAAUGGAAGAAAAUUACCUUGCAGACAGCAUUCACUUUCCCGGGUAUUGUUUCGAUUAUCUUUUUCAUCUUGAAUGCUCUCAUCUGGGGUGAGAAGUCAUCUGGUGCAGUGCCCUUCACCACAAUGUUUGCUCUUGCAUUCCUUUGGUUUGGUAUUUCAGCGCCCCUUGUGUUUGUUGGCAGUUAUGUGGGUUUCAGGAAGCCAGCCAUUGAAGAUCCUGUGAAAACAAAUAAGAUCCCUAGACAGAUCCCAGAACAAGCUUGGUAUAUGAAUCCAGUUUUCUCCAUACUAAUUGGUGGCAUUCUCCCAUUUGGAGCUGUUUUCAUUGAGCUCUUCUUCAUCCUUACCUCAAUUUGGCUAAAUCAGUUCUACUACAUCUUUGGGUUCCUCUUUCUCGUCUUCAUCAUUCUCAUUGUCACCUGUGCCGAGAUCACAAUCGUUUUGUGCUAUUUCCAGCUAUGCAGUGAGGAUUACCUGUGGUGGUGGAGGUCCUAUCUGACAUCUGGAUCCUCAGCACUCUAUCUUUUCCUCUAUGCGACAUUCUAUUUUUUCACAAAACUGGAGAUAACCAAGCUCAUUUCUGGAAUCCUGUACUUUGGGUACAUGUUGAUUGCUUCCUAUGCUUUCUUUGUGCUGACGGGAACAAUUGGUUUUUAUGCUUGCUUUUGGUUUACAAGACUGAUUUAUUCAUCGGUGAAGAUCGAUUGAAAAUAUCCCUAUCAGUUCUCUGAAGAAAAGAUUAGUUGUCUGCUGACUUUUGGGUAUAGUUUAGGACCCUUAUCAAUGUUUACCUCAAAGAAAAGUAUACUGUGGAACAUAGCUUAUCUUCUUAUUUAGACGCAAGGCACUUGAUUUUUUGUACUCCAUGUUUUUGAUGUUCAAAAGAUGCUGCUUGCUCAGAAGGUAGAAUUGUUUGCCUUAUGUUCUCAUUCUCCCUGACAGUUAUCGUCUCACCUAGAAUAAUAAAUGUGAGGCGAGUUUGCUCACGUGACAUUUUUUUUCUUUUUUUAUUGCAUUUGUUGCUAAUUCUGUAGUCCUAUGUAGUUUGAAUUGGUAUAUUAAUACAUUGCUUUUGUAUCUUUUUCUAUUUCGA